UUGAAAACCACAGCACCCAGGCAGGGGAUUUCCAGUUUAGCUGCUUAUAUAAACUGGAGGCGAGGUCCUUCGCUCUGUCUCCUGAUUCUGCUCCUCUGAUUGCAGACAUGGCCACUGUCGAUGUGACUGUCCAUUCUGAGGCAUGGAAACCAAUGACCUUCACUGCCCAUCCGGGAGACAGAGUAAAUAAGAUCAGUGAACAUGUCCGGUCUAAGACCAAGGUUCCCGUGCAAGAUCAGGUCCUCCAGCUGGGCUCGAAGACCCUAAAGCCGCAGAGAACUCUGUCAUCAUAUGGUAUCGACAAGGAGACAACCAUCCACCUCACCCUGAAGGUGGUGAAGCCCAGUGAUGAGGUGCUGCCCUUGGUUUUGGUGGAGCCUGGUGAUGAGGGGCAGAGGCAUGAGCUCCAGGUGCGAAGGUCCACCCCAGUGACCCAGGUGAAGGAGAUGAUCAAGAUGAAGACCGCUAUACCCCCUAAGAAGCAGAUUGUGAUCUGCAACGGAAAGAAACUGGAAGAUGGGAAGAUCAUGGGAGAUUAUGGCAUCAAAAAGACCCAUUUACUCUUCAUGACAUACCCCUGCACUGGUGGGUGAUGACCCUGUAGAUGGAGUGAUAGCAGAAAAGAAAGAGCUCAUUUCCGUUUACUUCUUACUCACUAACCACACCCUCUGAAAAUCUCCCAAAAUUAAUGUGAAAGAUAAAUAGAAGAUUUAGGUUGGGCUGGUGAAGAAUGUUGUAGAACAUUUCUAAUUCAUUGAUUCUUUCAUUCUCACAUGAUUGAAUAAUUGCAAAAUUGCAUAUAAUACAUUAUAUGUUGAUAUGUUAGAAUAGAUUGGAAUUUGAAAACCUAUUAGAGGUAACUUCAAAGCCAGCUUGCAGUUUAAUUCUGAAUUGGCUCUGACUCAUAGGAAAACUCCUAUUUCCUUUCCCAACCAACAAGAGUACAUUUUAGGUUGUGAUCCAUGUUCUUCUAAUUACUGUUUGCAUCUAUUUUUAGCGCAGUGCUUCUUCUAUCAUAUCA